UCCUAAGAAGCUGAAGAAGAAGCCAAAUUAGAGAGGUGCGAGAAGGCAAUGAAUACUAUCUUCUUGAAUGUUGGUGACCACGUACUGAGGAAGACUGAGAGAUGCACAACCGCUGCAGAUACAUGGUCUCUUCUCGAGGCUUUGUAUGUGCCUAAGUCACUACCUAAUCGUGUUCAUGUCCAACUCAAGUUGUAUGGGUUCAUGAUGCAUGAUCACCAAUCUAUUGCUUAACAUAGACAACUUCAAGGUAUAAACGGUUACUUCCAAGACGGUAUAAACGGUUACUUCCACUAACUCUCUAGACAGUAUAAAUGCAAGCUUCAUCUCUUGUUCUUAAGUGGUUCUAAUUCCGUCUGUCUUUAAAAUUUUCUCCUCCUUCAUCCGGUCAUUUCUCAAUUUUGUAUUCUGAAAAUAUCAACCUUUUCUUACUACGACUUUGGCAAAGUAUUCUGAAGAAUCAAAGAGUUGAGUUUUGGAAGCUAGAAUUUAUGAUUUUGGUUCAUUCUUCUUAUCUUAUAUAAUAGGGCCUUAAUUGGGUAAUGGGCGUUUUAGAUUUGAUUCCAUUGGUAAACGACUUUAGCCUUUGCGCUUAUAAAUGAAAUGUUGAUUGUUGACAAGGAAAAGAAAAACGUAUCAAAUUGAACCCAAGUCAAUUGUGAAAAAAACGAAUUGCCUUUACCCUAAUAACCAACCAACCCCCUUUGGUGUAAUUGCACAAAGGAAGGAUUCAACAAUCAUGCUUCUGGGUGAAACGUCUAUCCACGAGACAUACUACGAGAUCCUCUCCGUCAAAGAAGACGCGAGCUAUGACCAAAUCCGCAACAGCUAUCGAUCCGCCAUCCUCCACUCACACCCAGAUAAGCUAAACACCUCUCGUUGUUGUAGCUCAGACGACAAGUUUCUCAAGAUCCAAAAGGCGUGGCAAGUCCUAAGCGAUGCAGAGCUGCGCGUGGUUUACGACAACGACCUUCGGUCUUCGAGACAGGACGGAGGAACCACUGCUGAUGAGAUUAGUCUAGAGGAUAUGUCGGUGGAGAUCAACGGACAAGACAUGGAGAUUUUCUAUCAGUGUAGGUGUGGUGAUUACUUCUCUGUUGAUUCCUCUGAGCUUGAAUCGAUGGGUUUUGAGUUGUUGAAAGAGGGUGAUUGUGUUCAAGUUAGGAGAUUGGGUGCCUCGGUGGCGUCUGUGGUUCUUCCUUGUGGGUCUUGUUCUCUGAAAACCAGAGUUUGGGUUGGUUCUGACAUGAAGAUUCCUUUCCAAGAUGAUUCAGAAUUGAGGAACUCACUGGAUGGAUGAUCUUUGAAUGUGUGGAUAGAUUCUUUUAGGAGAAGUAUGUCUUGUUACCAAUGUGAUUUUGGUUGGUUCAGAUUUGGACAUUCUUCUACAAGCUUGUUUCUUUUGUGACUUGUGUACUCAAUUUUUAUAUUAGCCGGAGAGCUUUUAGUUCUGUAAUAACUAUAAUGGGUAACAAAAGGGGCAUUUGGAUUUCCAGUGUCGUCUCAUUUUUUUAUUUGCUUGGAGCUGAAUUGUAGCGAAGAUCUGUUUUAUAGUCUUCUUUAAAGUUCCA